AUGGUUUUAGCAUUCGACAAAAUCCUGCAACUGAGGAAAUUUCGCGGAGAUCACGGGAAUCGCUCGUGCGAGUAUCAAAUAGUGAACGGGCCACCCAGUAACUUCCUUAGCCAUCCCGAGCUUCUAUUGAACACGUAUCGUGAUACCGAUGUCUUUCAAGAUCAAGCUCUCACAUCUCCAUCCUACAGUAUCUACAUACCACCUGGAUGUGCUCCAAGUAUUGCUCUCAUGACAUAUUCCUUAGGCACCGACGCGACCCCGAGACUUCGUAAUUGUGCGUCAACACGACCCUUUCCAAUGUGCAAGAGGUUAAGCUUCAAUGUCACAUUAUGUCCAAAUGGGAGAAAUACAAGAGAUGCUUCG